AUGGAUCGCAUCGUCGGGGAGAUCGCCUUCCAACUGGACCGCAGGAUCCUCUCCAGCAUCUUCCCCGACCAGGUCCGCCUCUACGGCUUCACUGUUAGCAACAUCCCGGAGAAGAUCAGACAGCUUUCUCUUAAUGGAAGCGAAGCCGGACUGACCACGGACCAGUGCGCAAGCAUGAUGGAGCGGUACAACUCCAUCAUGACUCAGCUGAAGCCCCUGGGCUAUGACCCAAGCGUCCACCCCAGGUUCACAGAACAGAUUGUGAACACUUACGGGAUCCUCCGGGAGCGGCCAGAUAUGAGGGCCACGGAGGGAGAUCUGUACAAUGACAUAGAGUACCUGCGCAACGUGGUCCAAACAGCUGCCCCCCCGGAAAAGAGCGCCGAUUGCAUGCUGCUGCUCAAUUGCCUCCAUAAACUGUCGCUGGAGGAUGGGAAGCCUUUGUUCAUCUGGUGA